UAACUACAGCCACUCUGGAUAAAUAGGGAAGUUUUGUUCAAUUAGAAGUUCCAAAUAUAGAUUUUUUAUGCUUUAUUAUAGUGCCAGACGACAAAAUUAAUAUCUCAUUCAAACGUAAACGUUGUCUGUCCGGUCGUUUGGUCGCUUUUGCUCCAAGAACAACGAUAAUGUUAACGUUAACUAGCUAGCCACCUGUUGUUACAGCGAGCAUCUUUGUUUACAUUUAGUGAGCGUAGCCAUGCUAGCUGGUUUGCGGUGCUCUACUAAAGUCACAGGUGUGUAAAACGUAACGGUAUACUGAUGAGUUAGCGUAGUUGGUUGUCCGUGUUCUGUAUCUCUCCAAACUGCCUUACAUGUUGGAAAUGUUGCUUGAGCAAUUUAGAGCUAACUUCGGCAAAUCAAAACACACACACUCAUCAUAAGUUUAAUGUAUGAGAACGAGAGAAGUUUGGUCGAAGAUGUGGUCAGUUUGAGGAAACUACUUCGAUUGACAGAUAUCAGACUGCAAAGUGUGGGACAGAAGCUGAGUCAGUCAGAAGGACAUGGUAACAGGGUUGAGCAGAAGAGACCUGAUCACCUGACCUUACAUGACCUGCAGAUACCCGAUGUUCCUCCAUCCCACUCAGGCUGUGUUUGUCAGGAGAGGACUCUCAGUGGAACCGCUGAGAGACGUGCUGUUGCUGGUGGUGUUAGCCCACCCUCCUCCAACUCUAUGACUGCCUCAGUCAGGUCAGUAGAGAUGGAGGGUGUUUCUUCAAGGAAGAAGGUGGCCUGUGUGCGUCAGGAGAACGCCUGUCUGACCAUGCAGGAUGAGCAGCUCAUCAGUGAUGCUAUGCAGUAUGAAUUGGCCACCUUCAAGUCUCAGGUUGACCUCAGAGGCCCUAGGGUUGGUGUUAAGAACAAUGUGACAGUCAUGAGUGAGCAGAUUCGUCGGCUUCAAGCAGAGCUGGAGGCUCAAGCCGAAGAACUAAAGGCAGCAGAGCUGAGGGCAGAGUGUAGCCAAGAAGCAGCAGCUCACAGUGACAUUGUGGUGGCGACCCUCACUGAGGAUCUGAGCACGCUCAGACAGGAGCUGGACACUAAAACAGCACUGUGCAAACGGGCUGAGCAACAAAGAAAUCAAGCACUUCAAAAUGCAGAGAAACUCAAAGAAGCCUUCAAAGACUAUAAAGCUAACAUUUCCAUUAAACUUACGAGGGUGAUGGAGAGUGAGAGCAAACUCAAAGAGAGUCUUAUUGAGUGUGACAGAGAAAAAGAAGAGUUGGAAAUGAAGUGCACUGUGUUGGAGCGAGAAAAGGUAGAACAGAGCCAAACAAUCAGCCAGCUGAAGGAGGAGUUGAGCCAGGCCAAGUGUGCAGCCGCUGGUCUCCAGGGUCCGCUGGAGGAGGCUGGACGAAAGGCCAUGCAUCUGGAACGGCAGCUUAUGGAGCGUGCAGCAGAGUGCAGGGAUCUGGCCUUCCUGCGCAAGGAGCUGGAAGACCUGCGAACUCUGACCCAGAGCCAGGAGCAGAGGCUGACCCAGAGCCACAGCGAGGCUCAGCAGAGCCAGGCGGAGCUAGCCUGCCUGGAGGCCAUACUGGCCCUGCUACAUCUACGAGAGGGUGCUGUGGCGUCGCUGUGCGCCAGGCCCUGCAUGUUGCCCCCUGUGGACUAUUCAGGAACUGCACACCUACUGAAGCUAAAGCCAGGCGAAGGCUACCAGCAGCUGCUGCGAGUGCUGCAGUCGAUGGAGGCUGAGCGGAGCAAACAGAACAGCCUGGUGGAGCGGCUUCAGGAGCGUCUGAGCAGAGCCCAGGAGGAGAUCUCCUCCCUACAGAGCUCUAUGGCCCAGAGAGCCUCCCACUACCAGAACCUCCACACGGAGCUGCUGGACAAAGUCAGCCAAGCCACUGACACAGAGAAAGAGUUGAAAAGAAAAAGUGCACGUGUGGCUUCUCUGGAGAAACAGUUACAGGAGAAAACCUCGGCCUACAGUCAGGCUGCACUGACCAACACUGAGCUGGAGAAUCAGCUGCAGGAGAAAAAUAGCACCAUUCAGCAUCACCAGUCAGUGAUGACCAAAAAGCAAAGAGAGUACCAGCAGUCUUUGGAGAGGUGUAAAAAAUCUCAAUCUCAGCAACUCAUGGAGCAACAGCACAGACUGGAAAUGAUGCAGUUGUCUGUGCAGGAGGCUCAGUCUCGGGUGGUUGAGAUGGAGCAGGAGCUGAGCUCACUCCGGAAGGAGCGAGACGAAGCUCAGAAAGCAGCUCUCGAGCUGCAGAGCUCUGUGGACCAACUCACACAGCAGACGCAGGUUGAAGUACUGCACAGUGAGGAGUUGCUGCAGAGUUUCAAAGAACAGGCAGCUCAGUCUGCCACCAAGGUGUGUGAACUGCAGUCGUCUUUGUCGGCGUGCAGAGCGGAGCUGAACUUAUGCCUGCAGCAGAUGGAAGAGGUGCAGAAGAACUAUGAGAGUGAGCUGCAGAAGAAGAAUGACAAGGUGUCCUCCCUGCAGGAGAAGCUCUGCAGUGCCAGCCUGGUUUGCCAGAGCUCCAACGAGCAGAACCUGCAGCUGCAGCUUUCACUCCGGCAGCAGCAGACAAUGCUGACAGAGAGCACUGCUCACAUCUCUGAACUGGAGGAGAGUCAGAGCCAGCUGCAGACACAGGUGUCCAGUCUGGAGCAGCAGCUGGAACGAACCAGGGCCUCUCUGCAGGAUGAGGUAAGGAACAGAGAGCAGGACGCCCAGGAGAAAGACAAGGACCUGCAGGAGAUGAACCAGCAGAACACACAACUCUCCCAGUCUGUCAGCCAUCUGACAUCAGAGAUGACAAAGUGUCGAGGGGAGCUGGUCUCUAAAGAGUCGGAGCUGCAGCGCCUGAGGAGGGACGUCGCCAGCAAGGCAUCUCAGAUCAUCCGUUUGGAGGAAAGCCUGCAGCACAUGAAGAGCCAGCUCGACAGCAAGACUGACAUGUUGGUGGAUCUGGAGGAGGCGCUCCAUCGUUGUGAGGCCGACAAGCUGAACUGUGUCCAGCGGGUCCAGAUCCUGGAGGGGCAGCUACAGGCGGUGCGAGUAGAGAUGGCUGACACUCUGGGGCAACUACAGGAACUCAGAGAUGUUCUGCAGAGAACCCAAACCAUCGCAGAUGAGCGGCAAGCCUCAGUGGAAAAACUGACUGACCAACUUAGUGAGACCCAGAGGGAGCUGGAGGAGAGAACUCAUGAGGUCUUAGACAUGGACAGUGCACUGAAGGAAAGACAGGGGGAGCUCCAACAGAGAGCCAAUCUGCUGAGCCAGCUGGAAGUGGCCAUCAGAGAGCACAAGCAGGAGAUGGAGAGGAAGGUGGAGUCUCUGCAGCAGAGCCUGGAAGCCCGAGAGAGCGAACUGAGAGACACGCAGAGGGAGCUGACAGACAGAAACAUGAAGGAGUCCCAGGAGCUCGGCCAGCAGCUGCGCGUCUAUCAGCAGAAACUUCACACUUCACAGCAAGAGCUUGAAGAAGCUCAGCGUCAGUGUGAGGCUCUGACCAGAGAGCUGGACGCUGCCAAGCUGCACGCCCGAGAGAAGGAGGUCCGGCUGUGUGGCAUGGAGGAGGAGCUGGCACUGAAGGAGGCAGACUGGCUGCAGCUGGAGGCCGGGCUGCAGAGCACAGUCGCCUCUUUAGAGCAGGAGCUGGAGCUGGAGAGGGAGCUGCACAGCAAGGAGCUGGAGUCCCUGCAGCAAACUCGAGGCCAGCUCCUCAAAGUCUCCGAGCAGAUCUCCUCCACCAUGCGCUCCUCCCAGGAGCAGCUCGCCACUAAACUUCAGCAGAGCCAAAACCAGCUCGAGCAGGCCAAAGCCCAGUGCCAUCAGACCAAAACCCAGCUGGACCAAACUAAGGCCGAGUUGGAUCGCGCCCGGAAACAAGUAAGUCACCUCCAGACUCAGAGAGACCAGACUCAGAUGCAGCUCCUACAGAGUAAAACCCAGCUGGAGCAAAGCAGGAUUCUGAAUGAGCAAACCAGAGCCCAGAACAGUCACCUCCACGCCCAGCUGGAGCAGCUCAGCACCCACUUUAAUCAAGCCAGGGUCCAGGCCGCCCAGCUCCAGACUCAGCUCCAGGCCUCAGAGAAGUCCAUGGAGACUUCCACCGAGUCCCUGCUCAUCAAGGAGUCUGAGGUGACCCGUCUCCAAGCCAGGAUCUCCAGUCUGGAGCGAGCUGCUGGCCGGCAGCAUCUGUACAACCACACACUCUCCCACCCUGCUCUGCACCAGUUCACACACUCCCCACAGCAGUCCCCUGCUUCCUCACCCAGAAAUCCUCUGACAGCUGUCUCCUCUUCGAACCAUGCUCACUCAUCACCCCCCCGCACACACCUUCAGCCCACCUCGGCCCCUCAUCUGUCUGACCAAACUGAGAGCCACCGAACGUGCGACUGGCUGCAGAGCAGCAGUAUGGACUCCUCUCUGGAUCUCCCUCUGAGCCUGAAGGCCGUACUGAGGGAGGCCUUCAGCAAGCAGCCUUGUGACUCCUCCUCCCCCUCCGUCUCCUCUCUCCUGGAAACGGUGGACACCAGCUGGCAGGGCCUCAGCGGCGUGGAAGCCACAGCGACCUCUGACCUCUCCUUCAACCCCCUCACGUACAUGGCGGACAAGCAAGAUGACAGAAACCUCAACAUGGAAGCUACCUCGAUGCAGGAGGUUGACGAGGAGCAGACGAGCGAGUCGAGGAGGGGGUCUGUGUGCACUCUGGUGGGUCGGCAGGAGGACGAGGUGGAUAUGAGUUCACUCACAGGAAUGCUGAGGUUUGUUAAUCAGACGUUAGCCAUGCAGGAGGACCCUUCUUUAUGGAGCUCCACAGGAAUAUCAGAGACCGGGAGCAGCCUCACACACCAGAGGGACGUCAAGGAGACGUGACGCUGUGUUGCCAAGGAGACGUCAGAGAGGAGCAGAGUUGUUUAAAGUGGAGUCAUCCUUGUGUGUCAGUGUACAUGUAAUAUGAUCCCACAUUCAUGAACAUGCCUCAUUAAGUCUGUCCUUUUGGUGUGUGUUAUUGAAAUCAAGCUGCUGGGAAAUGAUCAGUUUCAAUGACCACUACUUUCAAGUCUGUAAUGUUCAUGUUGUACCUUUUCCUAAACGAUAUCUAUAUUUUUACACAUUUUUAAUAAGCUAAGUGAA